CAGCCGUGCCAAACUGCACUUUCAGCGCUUUUCAUUUCGUUGUUUUUUUUUUGUUGUUGUUGUUUUUUAUCUGCCCGAAAGCUGUAAAUAUCCGCGAGAUUUACAACGCCAGCGAGCCGCGACUUCGGUAUCGGUAUCGGUAUCGGGGUAUCAGUAUCGUUUGGCGUACUCCGAUUCGUACUCGGAAUCGCCAGCAGCAGCGGCAUCUGGCUGCGGGGUAUCGCUUUUGAGCGCAGCACAUCAUUCGGCCAGCAAUUCGCCAAUGCAGAUACUGUAUCUGCGGCCAGCAGCUACUAAAUCGAAUACAGCGAACAGCUAAAAUCCCCAUAUAUGUAUAUAUGUACAUACACCACGGUCGUUGUCGUCGUGCUCCACUUGUGCCCAUUGUUGGUUCUGCUGUCACCGUAACUCACAAUUGAAUUGUUCCUUUGUUCUGUCCCGUCCAGAAAAGAGAACCGCUGCCGAAUUUCGCAUAAUUGGCUGGCUUUUAAGUUGGCCGCCAGACCAAGUGUCGCCGCUAAAAAGAUACAUCUACACAUUGAUUCUCGAAGUACUGAGUACUGAGCACACCAUGCUGGUGCCGCCGGACAUGAUGGCCGCACAAACGCGCAUGGUCUAUCAGAUGAAUCGAUUCUGCGAGGAGAGGGUUCAGGCGAGGAUGUUCAAGACGGCCACCGCCAUACGGGAGAUCUGCAAGAUCGUCCAGGACAUCCUCAAGGAGGUUGAGCUGCAGGAGCCGCGCUUCAUCUCCAGCCUCGUCGAGUGCAAUGGCAGAUUCGAGGGCGUGGAGGUGAUAUCGCCGAAUGAGUUCGAGAUAGUGCUGUAUCUGAAUCAAAUGGGCGUCUUCAACUUCGUGGACGAUGGCACCUUGCCGGGCUGUGCGGUCUUGAAGCUGAGCGAUGGACGCAAGCGGUCCAUGUCCUUGUGGGUGGAGUUCAUCACGGCCAGUGGCUAUCUGUCCUCGCGCAAGAUACGUGCCCGUUUCCAAACGCUGGUGGCACAGGCCUGCGAGAAAAGUGUCUAUCGCGACCUGGUCAAAAUGAUGGGCGACACCAGCGAGGUGAAGUUGCGCAUACGCGAACGAUUUGUGGUGCAGAUUACGCCGGCCUUUAAGUGCUCCGGCAUCUGGCCAAGAUCGGCGGCCCACUGGCCGGUGCCACAUCUGCCCUGGCCGCAUCCCAACAUCGUGGCGGAGGUGAAGACGGAGGGAUUCGAUCUGCUGUCCAAGGAGAGCGUCGUCAUGCAGAACAAGAGCAACAAUGCCGCCAGCAUGGAGGGCGAUGCCUGGGUGCUCAGCUUCUUCGAGGCCGAAAAUCGCCUGCUGCAAGGUGGCUGUCGCCGUCGCUGUCUGAGCAUGCUGAAGACCCUGCGGGACAGGCAUCUGGAGUUACCAGGCAAUCCCAUCAGCGCUUACCACCUGAAGAACCUGCUGCUCUACGAGUGCGAGAAGCAUCCGCGCGACUUUGAGUGGGACGAGAGCUGCAUCGCCGAUCGCAUCAAUGGCAUAUUCCUGCAGCUGAUAUCCUGCCUGCAGUACCGUCGCUGUCCCCACUACUUCCUGCCCGCACUGGACAUGUUCAAGGGCAAAUCCCCCAGUGCUUUGGAGCAGGCGGCCAAGCAGGUGUGGCGUUUGACCCGCGAACUUCUCACAAAUGCCAACGCCUUUGAGAAGUUGUAAGGGUUUAGAGUUCACGAUGCGUCGAUAUAGUGAGAAAUACUGGGGAAUACUUUACCAUUAGUUGGUGCAACACUCUUCGAGUGUUUGCCUAUCGUUGCUCUUGUUGUCUUGUGUUUUUUUACCCAUUUAUAGUUAUAUAUUUCCAUAUAUCUGGUACUCCUUAGAUUAGCUGCUUUUGUUAACUUAACCAACUUUCUCUGUGAAAUAUCGUAUCGAUCCAUCGAAAGUGGGGGAGUGUGGAUGUGCAUAUGAGAUGAAAGAUACAUGUGAUAAAAGAUACAUGUGCGAGUAUGGAUACAGCUCCUUGGCGGCCAUUUUGUGCCAUGUCCGUGUGCCUGUGUCUGUGCCUGUCUGUGUGCGCCUGAGUGUGUGUGAGUGUGUGUGAGUGUGCGUGUGCGAAAGUGUUAAUGCGAAGAUGCGAGAUAAGUCCACUCCCCAUUCGACUUAACUCGACUCGACUCAACUCGACUCGACUGGAUUCGAGAUAUAUAUCUGCCCAUCCAGGCGUUCCAACUAAGCCUCGAAUAUUGUUUUUAAUAACUCCUCCCCCCGCCCCUCUCCCCUCACGAUGCAUCCUUUGUUUAGCCGGCGAACAAUGGACUCGCCGGAUGGAAAAAUCGAGAAAUCGAGAAAUAGAGAAAAAACGCAAAAUCGCAAGAGGAAAAAUGAGCAUUUGUGCAGGCGGCUCCUUUUACACGGUGGCCAUACACACUCGACGUAUACGAUUGUUUCACAGUUCGCAGAUCCUAGAUCAAAGGAAAACGAAACACAACAACAUAUAAUAUAUACAUAUAAUGCAAAAAACAAAAAACAAAAAAACACAAAAAAAAGAAGAGGAAGAGACAGAUUCCCAAUUGAUUGUUUCAAGUCCAACUUUACAUUGUUUUCUUUUUGUAUCUACUACUUAACGUGUAUAAUACACAUGUCGAUGUCUAUUAUGCGAUGCCUAACAUUUACCACGAUUAUCCGCAGUGUGUUUUUAAGUAACGACAUAAUCCUAGAUUGCUUAAGUAAAUCUAAAUGCUUGAAUAAAUUCAAGGAUAGC